AUGCACGGUCGAACCAGAAUGGACCCCAACCGGAACGCAUCUCUACGAACAGGCAAGGGCAGCUGGGCCGUCGGCCUAGGAAGAGGAAGGGCGAGGCCUCCAGGAGGGGAUGAUGGGCCGCCUGGGUACGAGCACUAUCCCGAGGAUGAUGGCUAUGGCUGGGUCCAAUCGCGAGAGAUGACGGAUGAGCACUAUCCCAAGGAUGAUGGGACGCCUGGGUACGAGCACUAUCCCGAGGAUGAUGGCUAUGGCUAUAGCCAGGUACGACGGUUAAAACCGCUUUCAUGA